AUGGAGGGGCUCGGGGCCGUCGCAAGCGCCAUCGCCGUCGUCGAGUUGACCGCCAAGGUCGGCUCUCUCUGUCUCGAGUACUCGUCCGCUGUUAAGAGCGCCAGGUCCGACAUCAAGCGCCUGCGAAAACAUACCGAUACCUUAAAGACAACCGCUGAAGGCGUACGAGAGCUCCUCCAGGGUCCAUAUGGAGCUCGGCUCGAGACGUCGCAAAAGCUGCGCGAAGCCCUUAGCAAUACCUGCUCGCAGCUUGGUGAUGUCGCUACGAAGCUGGAAGAGAAGUUGCACAAGGGUCAUAGGGCAAAAACGAUGAGACGUGUAGGGCUGCGAGCCUUCGGGUGGCCGUUCGAGAGCAAGGACGUGGACAAGAUCAUUGCGAACCUUCAGCGGGACCAAGACUCCUUUUCCGCCGCUCUUCAAAUAGAUCAAAUCACCGAAAUUCUCGAUAUCCACUCUAAGAUCGACCUAGCAGCGCUCCCGGUCGCAAGCGGCGCGGCCUCCGACUCGCACGCCGAGGAGCACAACGCACGUUGCCACCCCGACACCCGGACCAAGCUCCUUCGCCAGAUCCGGGAGUGGGCAAGCGAUCCUCAAGCCGAGAACAUAUUCUGGCUGAACGGCAUGGCAGGAACAGGAAAAUCCACCAUCUCCCGGACCGUGGCCACCUCGUUCGCGAAAGACGGCCUACUUGGCGCGAGCUUUUUCUUCAAACGGGGAGAGGGCGACCGUGGCAACGCUGGCUUGGUUUUCCCUACCAUUGCUCGCCAGCUUGUACACAAAAUUCCUGCCCUGGUGCCUUCUAUCAGAGAGGCCAUUGAUGCCGACCCGGACAUUCCCAAGAGAGCACUAAGGGACCAGUUCGAAAAGCUCAUCCUCCAUCCGCUUGGCUGCAUUCAGCGCACCACGGCAAUCGUGGUCAUCAUUGACGCUCUUGACGAAUGUGAUGGAGACAAGGACGUCAAGACUAUCAUCUCACUGUUCGCACAAGCAAGCGUCAUACGCUCCGUACGUUUGAGGAUUUUCAUCACCAGUCGGCCUGAGCUGCCUAUUCGCCUUGGUUUUAAGGACGUCCAGGGAAAAUACCAAGGCUUAGCUCUGCACCAAAUCCCAGAGCAAGUUGUGGAACAGGACAUAUCCACAUUUUUGGCGUAUGAGCUCACGCGAAUCAAGGAUGAAUACAACGGACAAGUGCCACUAGGUUGGCCGGGCGAAAAUGACAUUCGAACUCUCGCUCAGAUGGCUGUCCCACUGUUCAUUUUUGCCGCAACCGUCUGUCGUUUUGUGGACGAUCAGGGAAGGUCGAACCCUGCCAAACGACUAAAGAAAGUUUUGGAAUACCGGACGGCAGCUCGCAAUUCCACGCUCGACAAACUCGACGCCACAUAUCUCCCCGUCCUCGACCAGCUCACCUCUGGACGUACCGAUCAGGACAAGGCCGAAGUGCUAGCCGAGUUCCGAAGUAUCGUUGGCCCCAUUAUACUCCUUGCUCAGCCGCUCUCAGUACGGUCACUAGGACAACUUUUAGAUGUCGAAUGCGAAAGCGUCCACGCAUUGCUCAACUCUCUCCACUCCGUCCUUGAUAUCCCCUCAGUGGACGAUGCCCCAGUCAGGCUCUUUCACCUAUCCUUCCGCGACUUCCUGGUUGACCCGGCCAAGCGUACCAAGAAUGAGUUUUGGAUCGACGAGGCAGAAUAUCACAAGACGCUUACGGAAAGAUGCAUCCAACUGAUGGACCAAUGCCUGGGACAAGAUAUCUGCUGUUUAAAGGUGCCGGGAAUGCUGCGGUCAGAGCUCGACCAGCAGACUAUCAACGCCCACCUGCCGCCUGAAGUUCAAUACGCCUGUCAGUACUGGGUCCACCACCUAAAGGAAAGCAAACAUAAUAUCGAGGACGACGGCCCAGCCCACGCCUUCCUGACAAACCAUCUCCUUCAUUGGCUUGAGGUUUUGUCUCUCCUGGGAAGGCUCUCUGAUGGGGUGUUGUUGAUAAGAACGCUUCUGCACGCUGCCCAGCUACAGCCGGAUACAGCUCCUAAUUUUGUUGACUUCUUGAACGAUGCAGAAAAAUUUAUUCGCAGUCAUGGAGCGAUUAUGGAACGGGCUCCAUUACAGAUAUACGGUUCUGCACUUGUCUUCAGUCCAACCUUAAGUCGGGUCAGAAAGCAGCAGUGGAAGAAGAGGCUAUCGUUUAUCAAAUCGGUCGCAGGUAUUAAUGACCACUGGGGUACGCUCCAACAGACGCUCGAGGGGCAUAGCCGUUCGGUCACGGCGGUAGCGUUCUCAGCGGAUGGCAAAACGCUUGCGUCAGGUUCGUACGACAAGACCAUCCGGCUCUGGGAUGCGGUCACGGGCACGCUCCAACAGACGCUCGAGGGGCAUAGCCAUUGGGUCACGGCGGUAGCGUUCUCAGCGGAUGGCAAAACGCUUGCGUCAGGUUCGGGCGACAAGACCAUCCGGCUCUGGGAUGCGGUCACGGGCACGCUCCAACAGACGCUCGAGGGGCAUAGCGGUUCGGUCACGGCGGUAGCGUUCUCAGCGGAUGGCAAAACGCUUGCGUCAGGUUCGUACGACAAGACCAUCCGGCUCUGGGAUGCGGUCACGGGCACGCUCCAACAGACGCUCGAGGGGCAUAGCGAUUUGGUCACGGCGGUAGCGUUCUCAGCGGAUGGCAAAACGCUUGCGUCAGGUUCGGACGACAAGACCAUCCGGCUCUGGGAUGCGGUCACGGGCACGCUCCAACAGACGCUCGAGGGGCAUAGCGGUUCGGUCACGGCGGUAGCGUUCUCAGCGGAUGGCAAAACGCUUGCGUCAGGUUCGUACGACAAGACCAUCCGGCUCUGGGAUGCGCUCACGGGCACGCUCCAACAGACGCUCGAGGGGCAUAGCCAUUGGGUCACGGCGGUAGCGUUCUCAGCGGAUGGCAAAACGCUUGCGUCAGGUUCGGACGACAAGACCAUCCGGCUCUGGGAUGCGGUCACGGGCACGCUCCAACAGACGCUCGAGGGGCAUAGCCAUUGGGUCACGGCGGUAGCGUUCUCAGCGGAUGGCAAAACGCUUGCGUCAGGUUCGGGCGACAUGACCAUCCGGCUCUGGGAUGCGGUCACGGGCACGCUCCAACAGACGCUCGAGGGGCAUAGCGGUUCGGUCACGGCGGUAGCGUUGUCGUUAGAUUGGAACUCAGGCUUAGACGCCUCUAAAAACCGGGGACUAGGAGGCGAUAUUCUCUUCUUCAAUGGCGAAUGGAUCACCAGGGGUGGAAAGAAUCUUCUCUGGCUUCCUCCCAAUUACCGGGCAACGUGCACAUCAGUGUACAACCAUACAUUGGUCCUAGGGCAUGCCUCUGGGCAAGUGACAUUCUUCCAGAUUGUUUCCGCUUAG